AUGUUUGCCAUCAAAUCUGGAGCUCAAAUUGCAUCUGCCUUGGUUGCUAAGAAUGCCAAAGCUCAAACGCAACUGAGAUUGUCCAACGCAGUGUCCACAAGCUACCGUAAGACGAGGGAAUUAGCCUCUGUUGGGUCGGACCACGAAUCUCCAUCUCUGGUGAUUUUCGACAAGGACGGUACUCUCCUAUGUUUCCACACCAUGUGGAUUCCAUGGAUCCAUCAUGCAGCUCAAAGCAUCGAAAACUCAACUGGUCUGGCUGUCUUCCCAAAAAUUGCCCAAGCUCUUGGACUGUGUUUGGUGGAGAAUAAAGUGAAGCCAGGACUACUUGCUGAAGGAACUACUAGCCAAAUUGCUCACGAGAUCUCUACCAUUCUCAUGGACAACGGGAUCAAAUCAUUCGAAGCUAGAGAGCUUGCCAUUAGCUCGUUGGCUACAUCAAACGACCAGAUUAUUGCAAAUGAGCUGGUUAAAGAGCUCUCUGAUACCGUGGCUCUCUUCACUAGACUGAAACAACAUGGCACCAAAAUUGCUGUAUGUACCGCAGAUAAUAGGGAAAGUUCUCUUCUGGCUCUGAAACGUAUGAAUGUUGAUCAUAUGGUUGAUAUGGUUGUUUGUGGAGACGACAAGAAUACCGUACCAAAACCGUCUCCACACAAUGCCUUGAAGAUCUGCCAGUACCUGAAUGUAGAACCAUCGAAAUCCAUCAUGGUCGGUGACACUCGUGUCGACAUGGAAAUGGCUCACAAUGCGGAGCUCGGAGCAGCAGUAGGAGUCUUGUCAGGCAUCGGAUGUAAAGACCAUCUUCAUCGAGCUGAUAUCCUUUUGGAUCAUGUCGGUCAUUUGGUUAACGCUUUCUAUGAAACCAGGAUAUAA